GGACAGAUAAAGCAUGGAGAAGAAGAAAAGGUAAAAGGAAAGUAUUAGAGAGGUAGAUUCGCUCUUCAGUGUUGCGCCACUUAACAAUAGGUUUUGGUUGAACUUUAUCUCACAGCACAAUUCGCCAGUUUAUAUUUGCCGUUAGAAUAUUCCGUUAAUAUCUUGCUGUUUAUUUUUUGAUGCUGGGAUGAACACAUCAUGGCUCCAGUCCAUUCAAACUACGCCCUUUUUUAAGGCAUGAAAAAUGGCUGAAUUCCUGUUAUUUGUAUAUAUGUUUGUUUUGGAGUUAAUAACCAAUGGGAUUUCGGCAAAUGUGGCAUGCAAAGCUUCUAAGACUGUUAGUGCUACUAGUGCUACUAGUCAUUUACUGCGAAUUUCUUCACUAUUAUAUAGUGCUUAUUUUUUGCACAUGGCCUGCUCUGGACAGUCAGUUCAAAGAUAUAUUUGUAACACAAAGUUCUCACAAACCUUUAAAAGCUAUGUUUAUAGCUGAUACACAUCUCCUUGGUAGCAGGGAUGGUCAUUGGUUUGACAAACUAAGGAGAGAAUGGCAAAUGCAGAGAACCUUUCAAACCAGCUUGUCCAUUCAUAGUCCAGAUGUAGUUUUUGUUUUAGGAGAUUUAUUUGACGAAGGCAAAUGGAGUUCUGAUAAGGAAUUCCAGUAUCAUGUCGAUCGUUUUAAAAAGAUGUUUCAUCAUUCCAAAGAUAUAUCAUUCUAUGCUGUUGUUGGCAAUCAUGAUAUAGGUUUUCAUUAUGAUGUUACUAUUGAAAAGCACGAACGGUUUCAAAAGGCUUUUGAUGCUCCGUCAGUGAAAGUUUUGCGUAUUCGUGAUUCAGUUUUUGUACUUCUUAACUCAAUGGCUAUGCAAAAUGAUGGCUGUACACUCUGCUCCGAGGCAUUGCGGAAAAUUUAUAAAGUCUCGCAAACAUUAAAGUGUUGGCAGUUUCAGGGUUAUGAACAAGUUUCAAAAGAGAAUUGCAAGAACAUAGAAAUUCUACCUUACUCUCGUCCAAUUAUUCUCCAGCAUUUCCCUAUGUACCGCCCAUCUGAUUUUAAUUGCACCACCCCUGAUGCUGCUCCUGAACCAUUAAAAUCAAUAUCAUUCCAAGAAAAUUUUGACUGCUUAUCACAGAGUUCCUCUAAGCAAAUUUUCAAAUUGCUGAACCCUCGUUUGAUAAUGUCAGGACAUACCCAUCAUGGCUGUUACAGAGUCCACAGUGAUGGCACCCCAGAAUGGACAGUGGCAUCAUUUAGCUGGAGGAAUAAGAAAGCGCCUACAUUUCUUCUGGCUUUAAUCACCAGUGAUAAUUUCGCAGUUCACCAGUGUGCAAUUCCAAAAGAAACAACGGUUAUAUAUAUGUAUAUCUUGGGUAGUUUCUUAGCCCUGUUUUCUUUAUUCUUGCCACGGACUAGUAUAUGGCGGCCACUUAGCUGGACAUCUGUAAACAAGGACAGCUAAGUUCUAUAUUAGCAAUAAUAACAAUAAUAAUAAUAAUAAUAAUAACAAUAAUAAUAAUAAUAAGUAAUUUAUAAUGACAUGUAUUUAAUGGAGGUGAAUUAUUUGCAAGAUAAAAAUGUGAAAA